AUGUUUUUAAACUUCUCCAACUUUAAAACAAAGGAAGAAACCAUUGACACUCCAGUCAAUGUGAAUGAUUCUGAAAGCUCUGAUACAUCAUCCUCAUCUUCUUUAUCCUCAUCCUCAUCUUCAACCCCCAAGAAGCGCAAGCACAAAUCCAAAAAGAAGCACAGCAAGGGUGCUAAGAAACACAAGAAAGAGCACAAGAAGUUUCGACAGCGUGUACAAACACCAAGUGAAAUUGUAUGCCGCUACAAAUCCAUCCUUAAAACAUUACCAAAAGCAAAGACCAUGACCAGGGCCUUCCAGAAGCAUGCCAUUGACAGGAACACUGUGGUGUCCACUUCAGCGAUUGGAGAGCUCGCUAUUGCUGCUCCUGAGGUAUAUGAAGAGGUACUGGCCAAGAAGCCUGGUGGAGAGACAGUGCUGGCCUUUGCUAAGCGGUGUGAGGCUGCUAUUCAAGGAGAUGAAGAUGUGAAAGAGAAAAUAGAAAGCAUGAAGGCUGGGUGUACACUUCUCCCCAUUAGGAGAAGCAAACCUGUUUAAUGGCUGUUUGCACUUGGUUGUGUUAAA